AUGUUCCACCGCGGUCGCACUACCACUACGACGAGAACUACCAAGCCGACGUUGAUGACUCGGCUCAAGGGUCCUAAUGCUAAAAGCAAGACUGUGAAGACUACGACUACUACAAACCCGAGUACCACUCACCAUACCAACAAUCGCCAUUUGGGGGCCCACCAACAUCAUACAACCGCUACAAACCCGGGUAUCUCUCACCGUACCAACAAGCGUCAUUUGGGGCCCCAGCAACAUCACCACAAGCGUAAACCUACCUUUGGUGACAAGGUCUCUGGCGCUAUGUUGAAGAUGAAGGGCAGUAUUACACAUCGUCCGGGUGUCAAAGCCGCUGGAACUCGUCGCAUGCAUGGUACUGAUGGUCGAGGAAGUCACCAUCAUGUUUAUUAG